GUGCUGUUAAUUUGUCUGUAAGAAUAAAAGAUACACAGUCUGAAGUGUAGAGCUAGAAAUCGCUAAUUCUCGAAGUCACACAAUUUCAAAGUUCAAUUCAAAGUCAAAUUCUCAAGCAAUUCUCAAACUUUUCACUUAUCAUAUCCAUUCACACCAUGUCUGCCCAAGUAGCCCCACUCGUGGCUCCAUCCAACGCCACUUUCAAAGACAAGGAAAAGCCGCAAGAAGUCAGAAAGGCAAACAUCCUCGCUGCGCGUGCCGUAUCCGAUGCCAUCAGAACAUCGUUGGGCCCCAAAGGAAUGGAUAAAAUGAUCCGCACCAAGACAGGCGAAAUCAUCAUCUCUAACGACGGUGCUACUAUAUUGAAACACAUGGCUGUUCUCCACCCAGCUGCCAGAAUGUUGGUGGAUGUAAGUGCAGCCCAGGAUGUAGAAGCUGGUGAUGGAACCACAUCUGUAGCCAUCUUGACGGGUUCCUUGUUGGGAGCUGCUGAUAGAUUGUUGAAUAAAGGUAUCCACCCUACGUUGAUUGCCGAGUCCUUCCAGCGUGCAGCUCACAGAGCAACCGAAGUCUUGUUGGACAUGUCGACUAAAAUUUCUCUUGAUGACAGAGAGCAGUUGAUUCGCGCUGCAUCCACUUCGUUAUCGCUGAAGAUUGUAUCCCAAUUCUCGUCAUUUUUGUCACCUUUGGCUGUAGACUCUGUGCUUAAAGUGAUUAACGAAGAAGGUAACAAUGUAGACUUGAAUGACAUCAGAUUGAUCAAGAAAGUAGGUGGUACUAUCGAUGAGACCGAGCUAGUCAGUGGUGUUGUCUUGACCCAGAAUGUAGUCAAGAACGCUGGCGGACCUACCAGAAUAGAGAAGGCACGCAUCGGCUUAGUUCAGUUCCAGAUAUCGCCUCCUAAGCCUGAUAUGGAGAACAAUGUGGUAGUAAAUGACUACAGACAAAUGGACAAGAUCUUAAAAGAAGAAAGAGCGUACUUGUUGAACAUCUGCAAGAAGAUCAAGAAGUCCAAGUGUAAUGUGCUAUUGAUCCAGAAGUCGAUCUUGAGAGACGCUGUCAAUGACUUGGCUCUCCAUUUUCUUUCAAAGUUGAACAUCUUGGUAGUAAAGGACAUCGAGAGAGACGAAAUAGAGUUCUUGGCCAAGUCUACCGGUUGUAAGCCCAUUGCUGACAUCGACAACUUCACCGAGGACAGACUAGGUUCAGCUGAUCUUGUAGAAGAAAUCGAAAGUUCGGGCUCCAAGAUUGUCAAGAUCACAGGCAUAACUUCAAAAAACAUAAAACCUACUGUUUCUGUCAUCGUCAGAGGAGCCAACCACUUGGUUUUAGACGAAGCUGAAAGAUCUAUCCAUGAUGCAUUGUGUGUUGUGAGAUGUUUGGUCAAGGAAAAGGCUCUCAUUGCUGGUGGAGGUGCCCCAGAAGUUGAAGUGUCUCGAAUUUUGACCAAGGAAGCCACCAAAUUGUCUGGUGUUGAGCAGUUUGUCUACCAGGAAUUUGCUCAAGCUUUAGAAGUGAUUCCUACCACUUUAGCCGAAAAUGCUGGUUUGAAUCCAAUCAAUGUCGUUACCGACUUGAGAAACAGACACGAAAAUGGUGAAAAGAAUGCCGGUAUUUCUGUCAGAAGAUCCGGUGCUUCCAACACAUAUGACGAACAUGUGUUGCAACCAGUUUUGGUCAGCACCAGUGCCAUCUCGUUGGCAGCUGAAUGCGUCAAGUCCAUCUUGAGAAUUGACGAUAUCCAAUUCAGUCGUUAA